AUGCCUCCUAUGCCGCCAUCCGCACAGCGACGGGGUCCACACUGGACCGACAAGCUCAAGAUGGGCAUGCUCAUGGGCGGAACCGUGGGUGGAAUAAUGGGAUUGAUCUAUGGUGUCGUGACCGUCUUCCAAUAUGGCGGAGGCCAGGCAGGAAUCAUGAGGACAUUAGGGAAAUACAUGGUGGGAUCAGGCGCCACAUUCAGGUACGAUCCAGACGUGGUCCUGCAGUCGUGCGUCUUCACUCUAACGCCAAACGCAGCGUCUUUAUGGGCAUCGGCAGUCUCAUUCGAACAGACUCUCCUGAGAUGGCAGCUGCAGUGUGGGCUCGCUCGCGAUACCCUCCGCGCGUUCAUCCUCGACGAGAUCGACCGCAAAUCCGCCAAUGAUGUGCCACUAGCACCCAGUGUACAUAACAUGCCAGGGUUGGAAAAGUCGAUCCAUAAUCAUGAACUGAGCGAUAUCCUUGAGACAAUAAUGUGA